AUGGACCGUAAACUCAUACAUUCUCUAGGCAAUUUCGGUCAACGAAUGGACACCGAGCUGAUCCUCGAACCGCCCGACGUAGACGAUCAGUCCAAGGCUUCCGAAUGUGUCGAUGUGGCCUCUGCUUCUACGGAUCGUCGCCGCGGACGUGGGCGUGGCAAAGCCGAGGCAGCCAUGGUGUUGCCCAGCUUUAUAUGGGACUAUUUCGUAAAGGAUGCAAGUGGUAAGUAUGUGAUAUGCACGCUUUGUCCUGCUCAGACAACACGAUUUGCGUACUCCGGAGGCACUAGCACUAUGAAUCGACACUUGAGGAAAAAACAUCAAAAGUAUGCGCCUGGUAAGUGUGCAGCAGACUAUGAAUUUCCUCGAGGAGUUCAUCGUCGUUCUUUUCAAUCUAUUGCGUCUCCUGCAGCGACGACAGCAUUUAGUUCUUCUGUAGCAUCUUCAGGAGGUACAAGCCUUUUAGAUACGACAGUGAUACAGGAGAAUUUGUAUGCUGGUGAUUCAAUUGGAAAGCAAAGACACCAAUUGCUUGAGCUUCGUACAGCUAGAAGACGAGCAGUAAAUGCAGGCAUCGUGAAUAAGAAACGGAAGCAUGAUCCAAUAGAACAAACAGCUAUUGGAACGACUGCAUUGACUGGGACUGGAACAGAAUUCGAUCCUUCAGGAUUUGUGACAAUGCCAGGGUCCAAUACUGCAACGUCGAGUACACUACAAUUUUCUGCGGGAUUUGAGCUCUCGGACGCAGCUAUUGAAAUGGGUGUGGGACUAGAUCAACGAUUAUUUGAUUACACGACACUCCCAACAACAGCAUCAAAUGGAGUACGUGGCCGACGACAUGGCUCCAGUACAAAUGGGACGACUAAUCUAGCGAUUAAUAGCACAGGAACGACGUUGAACACAGCAAAUCAGAAGAUCUUGACACACCGAUUGUUAAAGUAUUUGAUUGCUCAAUAUGAACCAUUAAAUGUCACACAGAUGGGAACAGAGUUAAGUAUGUUGCUGUUUGGAGGCUCGACAGAAUGGCCGACGUCAAGUCUCAAUUUUGGAUACGGAGGAUCAAGUGGAUUUGGAAUGAAUGGAUUUAGUCCCAAACUGCCUUCUGAAGAAACAAUUAAAUUAGCUUUGGCAAAUUUAUAUUAUUCCCAACGUGAAAUUUUGAAAGAAGUGAUGGCAGAUGUCGAAGUCUUGAGUCUUUCACUAAACAAUUGGACUUCUGUGUUUGGACAAAACGUGCUCACAGUAAGUGGUCAUUGGAUUUCUCGUGGCUUUCGACGUCGUGACUGUGUCUUAGAAGUAUAUGUACUGCCAUUGGAUGAGCGUGUCAAUACAAUCGCGUUGCUUCGAGAUGUUCUGGAUAAAUGGGAAAUUCCAGCGUCAAAAGUAGCAGCGCUUACAAUGCGUCCCCUUGCUUCAACGACGAAUACGCUCCAAAAUGAUGAUUGCGAUAGUCGGGGAACCGUCACACAAGCUCAAGAUGAAGCUAAGGUAGAGGCAAGCGCCAUUCAUAGUGAAUAUCCUGGUAUAGCUGUCGUUAGUUGCUUUGUUGAAGAGAUUGAAGCAGCUAUGUCCAGUGGUAUGAAACAGUGCGCUGAGUUGACCCGUCGAUGUCGAAAUUACGUGUCCUUCUUUAUUCAAAAUCCAUCCGAGUACCAAAUUUUUCUCGCUUUGCAGCGCAGUAUGGGCGAAGAAGAUUCUGCUUCUACUGCUUCGUCUCAAAAAUCGAUGGCAGCCACUGCUGAUGGAGUUAGUGUGAGUCUGAAUGAAAAUGAUCACACAACGCUUGGCGAUGAACUUGACAAUGUCAAAGAAGGUGUGGAUGAGGAUUCGACAAUGAAUGCAACUUCUAAUUCGACCACUCAUGCCACUCAUGGAAACAAUGGCGAAUCGUUGCCUGUGAUUUGUGACUUUGACAACCGUUGGAAUUCAACUGCACAAAUGAUGUGUCGAGUUGUUGAGUUGGAGUCAAUGUUACAGCGGUAUAAGAUGGAACUUGAUAGUGACAUUAAUCCUGCACGCAGACCCAUGCAACUUCGAUUUAGUUGUUGUGAGCUGUCAUCUGAAGAGUGGACAUCCUUAAAGCAGCUUGCUCGAUUACUAGAACCGAUUGAAGGCUUAGUGCACGUGUCACCGCAAACAUAUCCCGGCUUGUCGAUCAUUUAUCCCCUUUUGCACUCGUUGAAAAAGCACUUGACAGAUGCUGCGGCGUGGGUCUCAGAUCCUCUCGUCGCAACAGUUCGACACACAAUUAUUCAUAGUCUGCAAAUGAACUUGUGUUUGUCAGGCGAAGCUCCAUCAUCGCCGUAUUUGUCGUGUCUCUUGGAUCCUCGUUUUAAGUCGCUGGCAUUUUUACCAAGUUCAGAGAAGGAUGGAUUAGUCAAAGCAGUUUAUUCGCUCCUUGGUGUGAGUGACAAGAGCGACAUUGAGCUUGUACAGCCAGCUGCAACUACUGACGACAUAUUUGACCCAGAUAAACAACAUCAAGGAGCAAAGAAUGCUACUCGAUCAAGUGGCUCGCUUGCUAAAAAAGCAGUGACUUUGCUUCAUGAUUUUUUUCCCUUCGAAGAGCCUGCUAGCGAGCUGGAAAGAGUCAAAAUUCAGGUACAACAAUAUUUGGACUCUCCACCGGUGCCAGCCACGAAUGAAAGUGAGCAUGAUCCGCUUGAAUGGUGGAGUAGAUAUCAGCGUCUUUUUCCGUCUCUUGCUCGUUUGGCAAAAAAAUAUCUUAGUAUCAGUGCCGUUUCUACUCCAUUUCAAGAAGCUUUUACGAGUUAUGGACAAUUAAUGCGAGAAAAGAAAGCACGGCUUGACAUUGAAGUUGCAGCUCAAGUACUUUUUUGUCGUAGUGUCUCUCGUAUUCCUGAGAUGGAACGCAUAGGAGUGUGA